AUGAGGAAACUAGAUGUUUUGAAUAGGGGGUUUAGUGGUUAUAAUACAGAUAAUUGCAAGAUCAUUCUACCCAAGAUAUUAGAGGUCGAAAAUCAAGGACCAUCUAAGGUGAAGCUUAUGACUCUUUUUCUUGGUACCAAUGAUGCUUUAAGCACGGUUCAACAUGUACCAUUGUCAAGAUAUAAAGCAAAUUUGAGCUCAAUGAUACAAGAGGUAUUGAAAUAUGAUAUUAAACUCAUAUUGAUAGGACCUGGAUUGCAUGAUCCUAAACUCCUUCCACAAGGGUACGCAGACAAUGGUAUCAUCGGAGAUAUUUCAUCGAGCUUAAAUAACAAAACCUAUUCUGAGGCUGCAAAAUCAGUAGCCGAACAACACAAGGUUCCGUUUUUAGAUUUAUGGGCAGCGUUCCAGAAGAAAGGUGGCUGGUCAGAUGAACAAUUAACCCAACAGAGUGUUCUUAUAGACAUGUUGUUAUCUGAUGGAAUUCAUUUUACUUCCGAAGCGUAUCAACUCCUAUACAAGGAAUUAAUAUCAGCCAUCGAGAAAGAAUAUCCAGAAUUGGCCCCUAGUAAUCUCAAGAUGAAAUUGGCUCUCUGGGACACUAUUGAUCCGGCAAAUAUGGAGAAAACCAUAUUUAACUGA